UCAUUUGAGAACUCAAACUUUUAAUAUUUUUCUAUUUUUAAAUUAACAUAUUAAUGCAUGUUAUGAUAUUGUGAAAGUGAUUGUGUACACUAUAUAUUUUUUUUUGUAACACAAAGUUGGAUUAAAGUUACAUGAGCAACAACAUAAUCCAGACAUUGUUUUAUAUUAUAAUAAAGUGCAGUGAAUUUUUUAUGGAAAAAUAAUCUCUAAAAAAAUGUUAAUUUAUUAAACACUCGUAAAUAUAGCAUAGAUGUUUGGGAAGUGCGUGAAAUUGAAAACACAUCUAUUAUGUGAUGGGCCUCAAAGAUAGAAAACCAAAUAAUACUAAAGAGUGAGCAAUAAUACUGCUACGUCCUCAUUUUUUUUUACAUAAGGUAGGUUUACAUUAAAAUCUUAGGGUUGAGGAAGUGGAAUACAAGUAUUUCAGUGGCCAUGGCUCGUAGGGCAAAAUCCUUAGCUUCAGAUCAAGUGGAAGGGUCAUUCAAAGAACAGUUUCGAAGAAUACAUGAUUAUGCUUAUGAAAUUCUGAGAUGCAAUCCAGGGAGCACAGUCAAAGUUAAAGUGGAUGAAAUGCAGGGUGAGUCUAUUUUUGGUAGGUUUUACACAUGUUUCAAAGCAUGCAAAGAUGCUUUUGUGCUUUCUCGCCCCUUUAUUGGGUUGGAUGGUUGCUUCCUCAAAAGGAAAUAUGGGGGCGAGUUGCUAACUGCAGUGGCCAAGGAUGCUAACGACCAAAUGCUUCCUCUAGCAUACGCAAUUGUGGAGGUAGAGAACAAAGAGACAUGGAAAUGGUUUUUGGAAAUCCUAGUGGAUGAUCUAGGAGGACCUGAAGUCUGUGGGGCAUGUACAUUUAUGUCAGAUCAACAGAAGGGUCUGUUGCCUGCAAUUCAGGAGUUAUUACCUGGUGCAGAGCAACGAUUUUGUAUGAGGCAUUUGUACUCUAAUUUCAGAAAACGGUUUGGUGGCCAGAAGUUGAAAAACCUAAUGUGGAAGGCAGCAACUGUGACACACCAUGUGGCUUGGGAAAGGGUAAUGAUAGAUAUUAAAAAGGAGAAUGAAGAUGCUUUCAAGUACCUCAUUGCUAUACCACCUAGGUUUUGGUCCAGAUUAAGAUUCAUUAGGAAUGCUGUGACUGACACAGUAGUAAAUAACAUGACAGAGGCAUUUAACAGUGUGCUUGUUGAUGCUAGAUGCAAGCCUGUUAUCUCAAUGUUGGAAGACAUACGAAUAUACAUGAUGAAGAGGUGGCAAUCUAAAAGACAAAAGCUGGAAAAAAUGGAAGGGCAAAUCUAUACUAAAGUAAACAGCAGACUACAAGAAGAAUCCAAAAAAAGUAGAUACUGGAUCCCAAGUUGUGCUGGGGGGAAAGUAUUUGAAGUUGCACACCUAUCAGUGCUAGGUGACAAGUAUGUUGUCAACCUAGACACCCAAGAUUGCAGCUGUAGGAAGUGGAUGAUAACUGGCACGUGCUGCCAUGCACUUGCUGCCAUCAGGUUCUUGAACUUGAAUGCAACAGAUUAUAUCCCCCUAUGUUUCAGGAAAUCAACUUUUGAAGAGAUGUACAACUCCAUUAUCUACCCUAUCAAUGGACAAAACAUGUGGCCCACCACUGAUUUUCUAGAUGUCAUGCCUCCACAUAAAAGGAUUAUGCCUGGGCGACCCAAGAAAAAGAGAAGGCUGGAACAAUGGGAGUUGAGGAAAGAUGAUACCCAAUUACGAAAAGGUGGCCAUAGAAAAAGAUGCAGAGUUUGUCGUGAACUGGGGCACAAUAGAACAAAUUGCCCACAACUGCCUACACAAGGACAGUCCUCACAGCCAAGUGAUGCUCCUCCACAACCAACCCAGCCAUCUCAAGAGCCAAUUUCUGCUACUCAACAACCAACCCAGCCAUCUCAGGAGACAAUUUAUGCUACUACACAACCAAACCAGCCAUCACAGGACCCAACUUCUGCUCCUCCACAACCAAUCCUACCACUCUGAUUCACUUCUUUAAUGUAUAUGUAAUCUGGUCUUUAAGUUUUAAUUUUGAUGGCUGUUAUUUUGUAAAAUUCAUUAGCCAUUUUUGGAUAAUUUGGAUCACAGACAUUUUCAUUUUGUAAGUUGGUAAAUUCAGGAUUAUGGUGGACAACAACUUGUUUAAUCUCAAUU